CACAGAAGCAUAAGCGUCUGGCCAUCGCUUCCGAUCUCAAACCAUCUCAAAGAAACAGGCUGAUCAGAUCAGCUAGCCAUGGCUUCCACCGUAAGCUUCUUGGCCAUGAUCAUGGCGUGCACGCUCCUCGCUAGCAGCACGUGCCACGCCGCGCGCCACUUGGCCGACACGACCCCGGCGGCCGCCGCUCCCGCUGCCCCUGCAGCCGCUGUUCCUGGCCUCCCGGCCGUGCCAACCUUGCCAACACUGCCACCAAUGCCGGCUGUGCCCACAGUGCCAGCCGCGACCAUGCCACCAAUGCCGGCCGUGCCCGCGAUCACCGCGCCGACCAUGCCAGCUGUGCCCACAGUGCCAGCCGCGACCAUGCCGCCUAUGCCGGCCGUGCCCGCGGUCACCGUGCCGACCAUGCCGGCUGCGCCCACAGUGCCAGCCGCGACCGUGCCCACAGUGCCGGCCGCGCCCGCGAUCACCGUGCCGACAAUGCCAGCCGUGCCCACGGUCACCGUGCCGCAGGUGACACUGCCCCCUAUGCCGGCGAUCACCAUCCCUUCCGUGCCAAAGGUGACGAUGCCCCCGAUGCCCGCCAUUGUCAUACCCAAGGUGACCGUUACCAUGGCGCCGAUGCCCGCCAUUGUCGUGCCCAAGGUGACACUGCCUCCGAUGCCUUCCAUCCCGACCGUGAACGUGCCUAUGCCGUUCCUAGCACCGCCUCCAUCAGCGUAGGCGCGCUCCUCAUCGUGCAUAUUCUUGAUGUGCGUGGCAGGAUCACUCGGUUGCUAGUGUGUUUUCGUGUUGUGCGUCCUACAUUUCAAGCCUCAGCUGUUCGUACUUUGUACUGGUUGACGUAUGUGAGAAUGUACUGUUAGUGUGUGUUGAGUUGCCCCAUUGUAUGUAUGCGGUACUUCUCCAUAUCUAUAUGUAUAUUUUGAGCUUUUUUACGCCACGAGUUCAUAUUUUUCUUCA